AAAUAUAACAUUAUUAGGACUAAGCUAAGGGGUAAAAACAGAUUUUGUGAGACUGGAUGAAUAUAUUUGUUGUUUGUAACAAAACGUCAUAGUAAACGUAAUAAUCAAAUGCACUAUCAUGUAUUAUGACGUAAAUAUAUUCAAAUCGGAGACCUGGAUUUGCCUAAGAAAAUCUUUUAAGAAAAUAUUGUAUUUAGGAUUCAGUUUAAGGUUUGCAUUUUUUUCGAAAAUGGACACCGCUUCGAAAGCUCCGCUGUCAUCUAUUGAAGAAGACGAGUUGCACGAUAUGUUUGCAACCGACGCCCCGACUACCAAAGUUGGAGCCAGAAAAACAACGAAGAAAAGUGGGCUUUCGGCAUCACUUUCGAGGCAGUCGCUUGCUUCGAGAGGAAAGUCUCGGAUGCGACUGCCCUCGGAUAGAGGGGGAAAUACGGAAGAAAAUUUAGGAGGAUUAAAAUUAAUGCUGAAGAAAACAGAAUCUAUAACACAACAAGAGACGCACAGGCCAUUGACUUCGGAAAAGUCUAAACUUCCUCCCAUCGGACAUAAAUAUGUGGUUGGAGAUCAAGAUCUUUCGAUAUCUGGUGUACAUGACGAUAGCUCGACUGUGCACAGGGUACGCCCAUCAAGCCAGAGAGGUGGACCUCAUUUGGUAUUCGACCAAGAUAAAUGUUCAUUCGUUGUAACCGUCGACCCGGAUGAUGCAGCAUUAUCUACAGAUAUCGCAGAACUACUGAAAAUUCAUUCGCUGGGAAUCCCAAUAGAAAUUUCAUUCUACCCAAGCGAUUACCGUAAAGGCACAACGCCCGGUGUUCGAGGUGUCUUUCACUGCAGUCAUUGCCUGGCACACUGGCAAAGAACAGGGGUGCUGCGACCGUCCUGCCAUAAGCCAGCAGAUUUAACGAGAGGCCCAAUGAUUGAGAUGAAUACGAGUGAUGCAGCAAAGUUUCUUCAGUCGCUUAAAUAUAAGAAGAAGUUCUUGUCGAACGAAGAGCUAGAGAAAAUUCUGCCACUGCUCGGUAAAGCGAAAAGCGACGAAGAGAGACGACGUAUAUUAAAAUCACUGUAUGAAAAAACGGACCACGAGAGUAAUGAGGACGGCGGCGGCAAAGAGAAUAAGAAUAGUAAGACGAGUGAGCAAAAGAAAAAACGUAGUAAACAACUAACCGCACGGGUCUGCCAAUCGAUGAGGCAAAGGAUCUUCAAUUCAGGAAAAACUGACAAGACCUCCACGCGCGAAACUAACGUGGAAAGGGAGAGUGACAGUGCCCAAUCUGGACAAAGCCAACUGCAGAACAAUAUAAACGGUUCUGUGGCUGCAAGGGACGAUGGACAGGGGUUAAUUUCUAGUUUAGAUACACAUUCUACAGUGCAGAAUCAGGAGUCUGCGGAACAGUAUAACCGCGACGUUGAUAAUACCAUCAAAUCAGUUGGUCUAAAAAACAAGGAUGGCUCAUUUUAUCCGGGAUUUUUCUCCAAAGUUGAGAAAGAAAUAUCUGAUGGGGAUAAUGCAGAUGGCGGAACUCCGUUUCUCGCAGAAGGACGAAUAGAUGACGAUGGAUGCUACCAUGAAUUAAGCGAACGGGAGUUAAAGGAACAAAACUUGCCGACUUUAGAAGAAAUUGCUCGAAAACAGGAGCAUACUGCUUCAGAAUCUACCAAUCAAGAAGAAUCCACCACCAGUCGACAUGAAAAUACGUCGGUUGACGUUUCUGAACGAUUUAAGCUUGCGUUUCAAGAUGGACCAGAGUUAAAUUUAAAGGAGGCCAUGGGCAGUGGUAUAUGGCACACGCAACAAGGGAACGAGUAUUAUCUUCCCGGAGUUUUCAACGAAGACGGUCAGUUCAUGGCUUCAUCCGCUAUUACUAUUGAUGGGCAUGUAGUACCUGGAGCGCGGAAUACCAAAGGGAUGUUCGUUCCAUUUGGAAGUUACGAUGAAAACGGGGAUUUCAUUGAACAAGAUCCUGACCCUGAUUUGUCGCCGGAACUGCUGGAGGUUGCUAGGAAGAUGAAGAGAUCAACUGUGUGUCCGGAUGCGGAUCGUAUAGAUGCGAAUGAGUGGAAAUGUGUCAAAGAAGGAGUGACGGUGGAGGACCCGCGUCAAAUCACGGUUUACUCGACUCCGGGGCAGGACGAGACUUCGCAAGACGCCGAUGACGAAUACAGUGUGUUCGUGGGAGGUGAAAUCGGACCAGAUGGAAACUUUUAUCCUUAUGGAAGAUAUGACGAAGCUGGGAAUUUUAUACCAGGGAGUGAACCGAUUUCGCAUACUGGCAAAGUGAAGCAACUAUCCGAUACUCAGCGUGAUACGGACAACUCGGACGAUUUCUUAAGCAAUCUUGGGAUACAGAUUCGUGAGAAAACCGACGUAGAAAUUUCACAUCCUGCUAACAAUGACCAGAAAGGGAAUGUGGAAGCAUUUAAGCGAACGUCUUCGGUGAUAGAAGCAACCAAAUCUGAUAUGGAUCACAAGGAGCGAAGCACGGAAAGAGAAUUUAGUGAGAAUGGCUCCAGUCUCCAAGAAAGUAAAUCAACCGGGUCAGUCGGAAAAGGCAGGAAAUUAAAAACUCGGGGAUCAGAAAGAAGCAAUUCUCGUCAGCUUAACACCUCGUCCUCGAGGAGUCUGAGAUCGCAGAAUUCGUCUCGUAUUUACAACAGAAACUCAGGCGAAUUAUGCAGAACACCAAGUGUAGCGUUCAUUCAAGAAAAAAGUUUGGAAGAACUGGACAAAACAACUUCCGCUUUAAAACGUCCACCAAGCGCUGCCAGCAAGAACAAAGAGGCCCUUAAUCCUUUAGUUAAAAAUCGAACGGGAAAACCAAACACAAGGGCAGGGUCUCUCGCUGAGAACUUAAUAGGUACGCCAGGAGACAGCGAAACCUCGCAACUAAUAGCAGGCUCCCAAACUGCCUUUCUUCGGGAACAAACGACCAGACCACAGGUUUCAGAUCCUACAAAAAGCAAAGACGCGAUUGGAACUCGGACAAGUUCAUACGGGAACAAUCCUUUGACUGACCGGAACAAAGUAUCCCGAUCGAGCAUGGAUAAAACUCGUAGCGUGGAAACUGUAACUAGAAGAGUGAGCCAACUUUCAACAUCGGAUAGAAAAAAUAUUAUCACUCCAGAUAGGAGGAGAAGUUCUCAAUUAAACAUGGAUGGGCCAAAGAUGAACACCCCUGCUACGGUAGCGAGACAACGUGAAAUUGAGAAAAAGACUCGCAAAGAGAAAGCAGAAGUAAAGGCCAAAUAUCAAAACGCAGCACAUCACAGUGCAUUAAGUAGCGGCGGUGCUGAACAAGACCAGGCAAGUUUAUUAAAUUUACAACUAAGGGAAAACUACGCCACACGCAAUGCUACUACACACUUUUAAUACGUUAGGCUAUGUAAGAGGGUACAAAGCCUUGAUUUUGCAAACAUAAAAGCGGGAAAUAUCUCAUCGCUGUCUACUUCCUAAAACUCCUUACCUCAAAGCUCUUUACCUUGUAGGCCUACUCUUCACUUCAGGUGUAAGUUUCUGUUUAAAAUGGCCGAUAGUUUAAAAGUCUGUAGGCUAUUAUAUUGGCUACAUUAUAACUGGACUUGAAAUUUAAACACAACAUAAAAACUCAAACAAUCUUUAUAUUCUAUCUCCGUACACAUUACUCAAUUAAUUUAAUACAGCUGGCCCUCGGCGGCACUAAAACUACGAGCA